AUGUCCUCCUUCGCAACCAAAACAGGCCAUGCCUUGGCCAAGAUUCUUGGUAUCAGACUUGAGCACCCUAACGAAGACGCCACAGAGAACGGUCUCAGAGGCGAGUCAAUCAUCAUCCAAAGCAGUGACAGCUUCAUCGAAGGGGCCCCUACUACAUCCCAAUGGCUUCACGAUCAAAUACCCACGCGACAACAAGUGGGCGAAUUUGCCAAGUCCUUGUUUCCCUUCUUGUCCUGGAUAGGACACUACAAUCUCCAGUGGUUCGCUGGUGACGUUGUCGCUGGAAUUACCAUCGGUGCCGUUGUCGUGCCUCAGGGCAUGGCUUAUGCUUUGCUGGCCAAGCUUGAGCCUCAGUUUGGCCUCUAUUCCUCAUUCAUGGGAGUCAUUAUAUAUUGGAUCUUCGGAACAUCGAAGGACAUAUCCAUUGGGCCGGUAGCUGUCUUAUCCACAGUCGUGGGGAGCGUCGUCGAUUCUGUUACCUCAUCUCCGUAUACCGAAGACCUUCCCCCGCAUGUCAUUGCCUCCGCUCUGUCCGUCAUCGCUGGUUGUAUUGUUUUGGGAAUCGGUCUUUUGAGAUGCGGGUGGAUCGUUGAUUUCAUUUCUAUCACAUCUCUGUCUGCUUUCAUGACGGGAUCGGCAAUGACCAUUGCAUCUAGUCAACUGCCAGCUCUCAUGGGGCUGACUGGGUUUUCGAAUCGAGACUCUGCAUACUUGGUCAUUAUCAACACCUUGAAACAUCUCCCCGAGACAAAGCUUGACGCCGCCAUGGGAUUGACGGCACUGUUCUUCCUGUACCUGAUUCGAUUCGCCCUCACAUCGGCUGCGGAGCGGUUCCCAGCUCACAGGAGAAGCAUCUUCUUCAUGAAUACCAUGCGGACCGUCUUCGUCAUCCUCCUGUAUACCAUGAUUAGCUGGCUGGUCAAUAUGCAUCGGAGGGAGCGACCCCUGUUUCAUGUUCUUGGCAAUGUCCCAAAGGGUAAGACAAACCUCAAUACCAAUCAAUGCGAGUAUUCUUGGCUAAUAGUAUGUAUGGAAGGCUUCCGCAAUGCCGCUGUCCCAAAACUCUCAAGCAACGUCGUCUCACAAUUUGGCUCCCAUCUACCCGCUACCGUCAUUGUCAUGCUCGUUGAGCACAUUGCCAUUUCCAAAUCUUUUGGUAGGGUCAACAACUAUUCCAUCGAUCCUUCACAGGAAAUGGUUGCCAUCGGCAUGACCAACAUCCUGGGGCCCUUUCUCGGCGCAUAUCCAUCUACGGGCUCUUUUAGUCGAACAGCGAUACAAUCAAAGGCUGGUGUUCGCACCCCGGCUGCUGGCCUCGUCACUGGAAUUAUUGUUCUCCUGGCCACGUACCUUCUCACAGCCGUCUUCUUCUACAUUCCUAGCGCCACCCUUGCAGCAGUCAUCAUCCACGCCGUCGGCGACCUCAUCACGCCUCCGAUUACCAUUUACCAGUUCUGGCGCGUUUCCCCCAUCGAAGUAUUCGUCUUCUUUAUCGGCGUUUUCGUCAGUGUCUUUGCCCAAAUCGAGGACGGCCUCUAUGCGACGGUCGCCAUUUCAGCCGCCAUUUUCAUAUACCGCAAUUUAAAGGCCCGGGGACGAUUCCUUGGCAAAGUGCGAGUCCACUCUGUCCUCGGUGACCACGUUAUUGGCGAGGACCACAACACAGUGCACGGAGAGUACGGUACAUUUGACGGAACGUCGGAUGCCUUUGCACGCAACGUAUUCCUUCCUCUGGAUCAUGGAGACGGAUCCAAUCCUGAAGUAGAACUUGAGAGUCCUUAUCCCGGAAUGUUUAUCUACCGCUUCUCUGAGGGGUUCAACUACCCCAACGCCAAUUUUUCUCUGGACUAUCUCACCGAAUUUAUUUACUCACAAACGAGGCGCUCCAGUCCCGAGCGCUUUGAACGCGCAGGAGACAGGCCUUGGAGCAACCCCGGCCCUCGGAACUCUGCCAGAACUCGGCGUGAUCUGGCAGUCGACGAACGGCCUACACUCAAGGCCAUCAUAUUAGACUGGAGCUCUGUCAACAACGUUGACAUCACAUCUGUCCAGCGGCUCAUUGACGUUCGUGAUCAAUUCGAUCGCUACGCUUACCCCGACGUGGUGGACUGGCACAUGGCAAACAUCAACAAUCCCUGGACCAAGCGUGCCCUCAUUGCCGCAGGGUUCGGCAUCCCAAAAAAGACUCAGGAUGGUCUGAAUCACAGAUGGAAAUCCAUAUUUAGCGUGGCUGAGAUCGGCGGAAAGGACUCUGCUGCCGCUUUGGCAGAUGUCGCCGCCAACGAAAGCGGCCUGCAGGCAGGCCAGUCGCGAAUGAGUAUAGUAGACGAGGAGAUGGGCCCUGCAUCUGAUUCAGAGGAGGACUCGCCUAAGCCGGGCGAUGAGAAGGCAGAAGGUGCCGCGAAACAGAGAAGACGCGGCGCGGUCGUUCACGGGUUGAAUAGACCUUUGUUCCAUGUGGACUUGACCAGCGCAACCCAGUGUGCGAUUGCGAACGUAGAGGCCCGAGAGGAGUUGAGAGCUGCGUCUGCGUCGCCAUCCUGA